GGCAUAGACUAGUGUGUGUGGUCACGAUUUACUACGCAAAAUAUUUCGUCAUGACCUAAAUCGCCUCGGAAUUUCACUGGUGACGUGAAGCGGAUUAUCUUUAUGCCACAAGAAGCUUGUAAUACCACUAAAGUUGCAAGUUUGCAUGUUGGAGAGCACGCGCAAGGUUUUGCAAGAAGUGUUUUGUGUACCUUCAACUUGCAUUUGCACCUGAGGUAUGUGAAAGAGAAUGAGAACAAUUGGAUGCCUGUAUCUCCAUCAGUGCAAGCGUUUCUCAAGCGUCCAGUGACGGACUCUGGCUGCUCAAAAUCACUGCGCACGGCACACCACCUGAAUAAAGAGGCUCUGUUUCGGCUGUUUUCCGUCUGAGGGAUUUGGAUAUCUUUUAAGAGCUACUUUGCAAUUAAAGCACAUUAUUUGACGCAUUUGGACAGGUGUGAGUGUAAAUACAUCGCGCACGCAACUGGAUUUCCGGCGCGUUGGGCAGGAUUCAGCACCACGGCUGCGGACAGCUCCCGUUCCCCCGUGACACACGUCUGGAUGGCUGCUGCCCGGGUUUCUCUGUCGCUGCUCUGAUCCACUCUGUUCGCGAUGGCAUCUCACGGGUUUUGGUUUAUGGGUGCUGAAAACGCGUCUGGAAACGGCAGUCAAAGCCCGAACACUCCCAGAGCAUGGUGUCAGGCGGCGGCCCAGAAAUUCUCCGGAGGCAUCGGCUCCAAAUUAUGUGCUCUGUUAAAUGUCGGGGAGGCUGAAAAAACAGCUCAGGCUCCAGUUAAACCAGAGGAUGGGUCAACACCCGAGAGCUGCGGCUGUAAUAAACCCUGUUACUGCUCCAAAGACACCGUGUGUUUCUCUGAUCUCUAUUCAACAGAUCUUUUACCUGCACUGAAUGGGGACGCGAAGACUAUGAAUUUCCUGCAGGAGGUUGUGGAUAUAAUGCUGGCUUAUAUAGCGGAAUCUUUUGACAGGUCAACGAAAGUGAUCGAUUUUCACUAUCCAAACGAAUUGCUCCAAAGGAAUAAUUGGGAGCUUUCGGACGAUCCCGAGACUCUAGAUGAGAUUCUGAUCAGCUGUCGAGCCACGCUAAAAUACGCAAUAAAAACUGCACACCCCAGAUAUUUCAAUCAGCUCUCCACUGGGUUGGACAUGGUUGGGUUGGCUGCAGAUUGGCUAACCUCCACUGCCAACACCAAUAUGUUUACCUAUGAGGUGGCUCCAGUCUUUGUGCUGCUGGAAUACGUCACGCUGAAGAAGAUGAGGGAGAUCAUUGGCUGGCAGGAUGGACGCGGUGAUGGAAUAUUCUCCCCGGGUGGCGCCAUUUCCAACAUGUAUGCCAUGCUGCUGGCUCGCUAUAAAAUGUUCCCUGAGGUCAAGGAUAAAGGAAUGUCAUCCGUACCAAGACUGGUGGCCUUCACAUCUGAACAUAGCCAUUUCUCAAUCAAGAAAGGAGCAGCCGCACUUGGAAUUGGUACAGAAAGUGUCAUCUGUAUUAAAGCUGAUGAAAGGGGUAAAAUGAUUCCUUCCGAUCUUGAGAGGAGAGUUAUUGAAGCCAAGCAGAAGGGAUUCGUGCCGUUCUUUGUCAGCGCCACAGCUGGCACCACUGUUUAUGGUGCCUUUGAUCCCCUGAUUGCUAUAGCGGACAUCUGUAAGAAGCAUGAUAUCUGGAUGCACGUGGAUGGAGCAUGGGGCGGAAGUUUGCUAAUGUCCCGGAAACAUCGGUGGAAGCUGAAUGGAGUCGAGAGGGCUAAUUCUAUGACCUGGAACCCUCAUAAAAUGAUGGCUGUACCCUUGCAGUGCUCAGCUCUACUGGUUCGAGAGGAGGGUCUGAUGCAGGGCUGCAAUCAGAUGCAGGCCUGUUAUCUGUUCCAGCAGGACAAGCACUAUGAUCUGUCCUACGACACAGGGGACAAGGCCCUACAGUGCGGCCGCCAUGUGGACAUCUUCAAACUAUGGCUAAUGUGGAGAGCUAAGGGCACUAUUGGUUUUGAGGCUCAGAUUGACAAAUGUCUGGAGCUUUCAGAGUAUCUCUACAACAAGAUCAAGGACAGGGAAGGAUACGAGAUGGUGUUUGAUGGAAAACCUCAGCAUACCAAUGUGUGUUUCUGGUACCUUCCACCGGGCGUACGCUACCUGGAGGACAAAGUGGAGAAAAUGAAGCGUCUGCACAAGGUUGCCCCUGUAAUUAAAGCCAGAAUGAUGGAGUAUGGAACGACCAUGGUGAGCUAUCAGCCGCAGGGAGACAAGGUCAACUUCUUUCGUAUGGUCAUCUCCAACCCAGCUGCUACCUUUGCAGACAUUGACUUCCUCCUUGAAGAGAUUGAGCGACUGGGACAGGACCUUUAAAAACGUUACAUGCCAAAACUUCUUAUUCUUGUGUCCUUGGAUGGAACGGAUAUUUGUUGUGAAUGUAACGGUAAAACUUUGAUUCCUCAUUUCCAAAGUCAUAUAAAGGUAGUAUGAUAUGAAAAAAAAUAAUAAUUUAAAAAAGACAAUUUGAAAAUAUCUAGACUUUAAUAUUGUAGCAUUGUUGUGAGCUUCAUGCUCAAAAGCCCUGUAAAAGUGUUAACGUCUGCUUUUACUGUCUAUCUUAGCGAUUUUUGACAUGACUUUGUUUGUUUUUUGUUUUUUU